AUGGCGGGAAAGUCGAAUAAAGGGAGGAACCGGAAAGGGUCCCAAACUCCUGCUAAUCCAUCAGAACAGACAGUAUCUCCUGCCAAUCCAUCAGAACAGACAGGAUCUUCUGGUGUUCCAUUGGGUAAUCACUCCAGCUCAUCAGAUGCAAAUGGAAAUGCAGUUGCCAGUGAACCCGUUAGUACCACCGAGGAAAUUAACGAGUUAGAGAACACGUCCCCAGUAAACAAAGGACAGGCUGAUGUGAACUCGAUAAUAGAUGACCAAGCAAAGCAAGAAGCAGCUAAUGCAACCGUAGAUCCUAAGGGAAAGCAAGGUGACAUUCAUCUCUAUCCUGUAACUGUCAAAACUCAAGGGGGAGAAAAGCUUGAGCUACAAUUGAGCCCUGGAGAUUCUGUUAUGGAUGUGAGACAGUUUCUUCUUGAUGCUCCGGAGACAUGUUUCUUUACUUGCUAUGAUUUGUUACUGCACUCGAAGGAUGGUGCAACUCAUCACCUAGAAGAUUACAACGAAAUUUCUGAGAUUGCUGACAUUACUCUUGGUGACUGCUAUUUGGAGAUGGUUGCAGCAUUGUAUGAUGAUCGAUCCAUUAGGGCUCAUGUUCACCGCACGAGGGAGUUGUUGUCACUUUCCACAGUGCAUUCCUCGUUAUCAACAUCACUUGCGUUGCAGCAAGAUUUGGGGCAGAGUACAUCUGGAACUCCAGGAGAUCCGGUGAAAUCUGAAGUUGCGGACCUUGAAAGUUUGGGUUUUAUGGAGAAUGUUCCGGGGGCACUUUCUAAUCUGUUUUUACCGCCUUCCAAAGAGAUUCAAUGUGUGGAGAGUAUUGUGUUUUCAUCCUUCAAUCCUCCACCUAGCUAUCGAAGGCUUUCUGGUGAUCUUAUUUAUUUGGAUGUGGUCUCGCUGGAAGGCAAUAAAUAUUGUAUUACGGGAACAACAAAAAACUUUUAUGUCAAUUCAAGUACUGGUACCAUUCUUGAUCCCAGGCCAAGUAAAUCUGCUUUUGAGGCCACAACGCUUAUUGGCCUUUUGCAAAAGAUUAGCUCCAAGUUCAAGAAAGCUUUCCGGGAGAUACUGGAGCGGAAGGCCUCGUCUCAUCCUUUUGAAAAUGUUCAAUCCCUUCUGCCACCCAAUUCAUGGCUUGGAUUGUACCCUAUCCCAGAUCACAAACGUGAUGCUGCAAGAGCUGAGAAUGCAUUGACACUUUCCUUUGGGAGCGAGUUAAUAGGGAUGCAAAGAGAUUGGAAUGAAGAACUACAGUCUUGCCGUGAAUUUCCACAUUCAACUGCUCAGGAAAGGAUAUUGCGUGAUAGGGCUCUUUACAAAGUUACCUCUGACUUUGUUGAUGCUGCAAUCAAUGGUGCUAUUGGAGUCAUCAGCAGAUGUAUCCCACCCAUUAAUCCAACUGACCCAGAGUGCUUUCAUAUGUAUGUUCACAAUAACAUAUUCUUUAGUUUUGCUGUUGAUGCUGAUCUCGAGCAACUGCCUAGGAAGCUGGCUUCAGAUGCUUCUAAAAUUGAGUCUUCGAGCACUAUCUCAUCUGAGAAGACAGCCAAUAAUGUGUCACAUGGAACCAAAAUUACAGAAAAAGCCGAUGGCCAUGAUAAUGGAACAACUAAUGGCUCCGUGGAUGUGAUUCCCGAUGCCCCUUGUGAGACUCAGUUGGCUGAAAGUGAACAAGCCACAUAUGCCAGUGCAAAUAAUGAUUUGAAAGGCACCAAGGCGUAUCAGGAAGCUGAUGUUCCUGGGUUGUACAAUCUGGCAAUGGCCAUAAUUGAUUAUAGAGGUCAUCGAGUAGUAGCUCAGAGUGUUUUACCUGGCAUCCUUCAGGGUGAUAAGUCAGAGUCUCUUUUAUAUGGUUCUGUUGACAAUGGGAGGAAAAUUUGCUGGAGCGAAGGUUUUCACUCUAAGGUCUCAGAAGCUGCCAAGCGUCUUCAUUUGAAGGAACAUUGCGUCCUUGAUGGGUCUGGAAAUGUUUUUAAAUUGGCCGCACCAGUUGAAUGCAAGGGCAUUGUUGGUAGUGAUGACAGGCAUUAUCUCUUGGAUUUGAUGAGAGUGACUCCUCGUGAUGCAAAUUACAAUGGACCCGGCUCCAGAUUUUGUAUUCUAAGACCUGAGUUAAUUACAGCCUUUUGCCAUGCUGAAACAGCAGAUAAGUCUAAGUCUCUGGGAAAUCCUGAGGGUGAAGGCUCUGGUUCUUUAAAUUCCAAUGAUGGUGUAGUGGAAUUGAAUGGCCUUGAAAAAUCUGUUCCAGAGAUGCAGGAUACAGAAAAAGUUGAAACACAUGCUCACGAAGGGUGCAAUUGUGAGUCUGAGCACAGAGAAGCAAGCGAGGAAAUACUUUUUAAUCCUAAUGUCUUCACUGAGUUUCAGUUAGCUGGUUCUCCUGAGGAGAUUGUGGCAGAUGAAGAAAAUGUCAGGAAAGCAAGUCUGUAUCUUAAAGACGUUGUACUUCCUAAGUUUGUUCAAGAUCUUUGCACACUUGAGGUUUCACCCAUGGAUGGACAUACACUAACUGAAGCGCUUCAUGCUAACGGGAUCAAUGUUCGCUAUCUUGGGAAAGUGGCUGAGGGUACCAGGCACAUGGCUCACUUAUGGGAUCUCUGCUUGAGUGAGAUUGUUGUGAGGUCUGCAAAGCACAUCUUGAAGGAUAUCUUGAGAGACACCGAGGAUCAUGAUCUUGGGAACGCUAUUGCACACGUCUUUAACUGUUUGUUUGGAAAUAUUCACCGAGGUGUGACAAACAGUGCAAGCUCAAAAAGUCAAAAGAAGGACCAUGUGGGGUAUCCAGCUUCCUGGAAAUCUUUGAAGGGUCAGUCGAAGUCAAAAAAUAAAGGUUCUGGUAGGAAGAAGCAGUCCUUGUUUUUAAGUAUAAGUUCAGACAGUUUGUGGUCUGACAUACAGGAGUUUUCAAAACUCAAAUAUCAGUUUGAACUACCAGAGGAUGUAAGAUUGCGUGUAAAGAGAAUCCCAGUUAUUCGAAAUCUUGCCCAGAAGGUUGGCAUAACAGUUGCAGCUCGAAGAUAUGAUUUUGAUGCAGUUGCACCGUUUCAAACAUCAGACAUAUUGAACCUUCAACCUGUUGUAAAGCAUGCUAUCCCUGUUAGUUCCGAAGCCAAGGAUCUUGUGGAAACGGGGAAGGUUCAGUUAGCUGAGGGGAUGCUGAGUGAGGCAUACACCUUGUUUUCUGAAGCAUUCACAAUACUUCAGCAGGUCACUGGUCCAAUGCACAGAGAGGUGGCUAAUUGUUGCCGCUACCUUGCCAUGGUGUUGUAUCAUGCCGGAGACAUGUCUGGAGCAAUCAUGCAACAACACAAGGAACUCAUAAUCAAUGAGCGAUGUCUUGGAUUGGAUCACCCUGAUACUGCACACAGCUACGGGAACAUGGCUCUGUUUUACCAUGGUCUGAACCAAACUGAACUUGCGCUGCGACACAUGUCCCGGGCUCUACUACUGCUAAGUUUGUCUUCAGGUCCUGAUCAUCCUGAUGUUGCUGCAACUUUUAUAAAUGUUGCAAUGAUGUAUCAAGACAUUGGAAAGAUGAACACAGCUCUUCGUUAUUUGCAAGAAGCCUUGAAGAAGAAUGAAAGGCUUUUAGGAGAAGAACAUAUUCAAACUGCUGUUUGCUACCAUGCACUUGCAAUUGCCUUCAACUGUAUGGGUGCAUUUAAGCUCUCUCACCAGCAUGAGAAAAAGACGUAUGAUAUACUUGUCAAACAGCUUGGAGAAGAAGAUUCGAGGACCAAAGAUUCUCAAAAUUGGAUGAAGACAUUUAAGAUGCGUGAAGUGCAGAUGAAUGCUCAGAAACAGAAAGGUCAAGCUCUGAAUCCAGCUUCUGCACAGAAAGCCAUUGAUAUUCUCAAGGCCCAUCCUGAUCUGAUACACGCAUUUCAAGCUGCUGCUGUUGCUGGUGGAUCUGGCAAUUCCAGUGCUACCAUGAAUAAGUCGCUAAAUGCGGCUAUAAUGGCUGAGGCACUUCCUCGGAGAGGGGGUGAUGAAAGGGCUGCCCGAGCAGCUGCAGAAGCCAGAAAAAAAGCUGCAGCGAGGGGCCUUACGAUACGUCCCCAUGGUGUUCCAGUUCAGGCAAUACCCCCACUCACCCAGCAGCUGUUCAACAUCAUACAUUCUGGCAUGAACUCUGAAACAGCUAAUAAUGAAAAUAAUGGAGGCAACAAAGAAGUCAAUGGCCAUCCUCCAAGUGUAGCUGGGGAUGCCCCAAUUCAUGAAUCAAAGCCCGUACAACAAGAUCCGGCGCCCGUGGGAUUAGGCACGAGCUUGAAGCAGAAAUCAAAAGGCAAAACUGGGUCCUGA